GGUAAAGUAAAAAAUAAAUACAUAAAUGAGAAUUUGCACAAUGAAUGAUUCAGUUCAGAUGCACUCACCUUCGAUUUGUUGCAUACUUUUUCAUGGUUGUUGAGUUGUGCUGCUAAACUGUUUAGUUACUUACUUUUACAGCGUGAUUUGCAUUAAUCCUUUCUGUUUAUAAUGUCCAAACUCCAAAUCACUUGUAACUAUUUUGACUGGAAAGACAUGCACAUAAUUUUGGAGUGUUUUGAUCACUUCAUGUUCUUAUUUUCUGUUUAUUUUCCAUAUAUGGUGUCACUCCUACAUAUUAAAUUAACCUGCUUUAUAUUACUUGUUCCCACAACAAACCCCCCUCUUUCUCUCCUCCAAGAAAAUUCUCUGCUCUUUUUUUUAGCUUUUCCUGUCUGAGUGUUCUUCAAGUUUUCUCUACUAAUGUCCUGAAAUUUAUCGAUUUUCCACUUGAGCUUGCUUAAGCGGGAAAAUCCAUCACAAUUGCAGACAUAACAAUAGAGUGUUUGUGUGGAGCUUCUUUCACUAGCUGAGCUAUUCUAUGCAGUUCUUUUGUGUUCUGCAGUACUGAAUUCUCUUAUGCAAGUAGUUAGUGCAAGAAAUUGCCACAGUUAUGAAGUUUAUGAAACUGGGAUCUCGUCCAGACACCUUCUACACUUCAGAGUCUGUAAGGACUGUCUACUCUGAAGUUUCAAGCGACCUGAUAAUUCAAGUGAAAGGAAUUAGAUACCUUCUCCACAAGUUUCCCCUGCUUUCCAAGUGUUCGCGCCUGCAAAGGCUAUGCUCAGACCACUUUCCUGAUUCUCCAAAGCAUCAAAUAGUACAGCUUCCUGAUUUUCCUGGUGGGGUGGAGGCCUUUGAACUGUGCGCGAAGUUCUGCUAUGGAAUCACCAUCACUCUCAGCGCUCACAACAUUGUCUCAGCACGGUGUGCUGCUGAAUACUUGCAGAUGACAGAGGAUGCUGAGAAGGGAAACUUGAUUUACAAGCUUGAGGUUUUCCUAAACUCCUGCAUUCUUCAUGGCUGGAAGGAUUCCAUUGUAACUCUACAAACCACAAAAGCAUUAGCUCUGUGGUCAGAGGACUUGGCAAUUGCAAGCAGAUGCAUUGAAGCUAUUGCCUCAAAGGUCUUAAGAAACCCCACAAAGGUGAGCUUGUCACAUAGCCAUUCGCGACGUGUCAGAGAUGAUAUUUCUUUCAGCGGAACCGAAAGUCUCAAUCUCAGACACAAAUCAUCAAACAGAUGGUGGGCUGAGGAUUUAUCAGAACUAAGCAUAGACCUCUAUUGGAGAACCAUGAUAGCUAUCAAAUCUGGUGGCAAGUUACCCUUUUAUCUCAUUGGUGACGCGCUGAAAGUUUAUGUGUCUCGAAUGCUACCAAAUAUCAAGAGAAAUAUUGAGCUAGCUGGAUCUGAUUCAGAUUCAGAUUCAACAAUUGAAAUAGCAACUUCAAAGCAGCGUUUGCUCUUGGAAUCAAUAGUAAGCUUGCUUCCAUCUGAGAAAGGUGCUGUUUCUUGCAGCUUCCUUCUCAGACUCUUGAAAGCAGCCAACAUUCUCAAUGCUUCUUGUUCAUCUAAAAUGGAAUUAGCAAGAAGAAUAGGACUUCAAUUAGAAGAAGCCACUGUGAAUGAUCUUCUAAUUCCCUCAGUAUCUUGCAAACAUGAUAUGAUUUAUGAAGUGGAUUUGAUGAUGAGUAUAUUGGAACAGUUCAUGGUUCAAGGUCAGAGUCCACCAACUAGUCCUCCAAGAUCAAGGAUGGAAUUUGAAAGAAGGAGGUCUCGCUCGGCGGAGAAUAUUAACUUUGAUUUCCAGGAGAGUAGGAGGUCCUCUUCUGCAUCUCAUAGCUCAAAAUUGAAGGUUGCAAAGCUUGUGGAUAGGUAUCUUCAGGAGAUUGCCAGGGAUGUGAAUUUGCCUCUGUCGAAAUUCAUGGCUCUUGCUGAAAUUAUGCCAGAAUUUGCAAGGCAUGAUCAUGAUGAUCUAUACACAGCUAUUGACAUUUAUCUCAAGGCUCAUCCACAACUGAACAAGAGCGAAAGGAAAAGACUAUGUCGAAUUCUAGACUGCAAAAAACUAUCUCUGGAAGCCUGCAUGCACGCUGCACAGAAUGAUCUACUCCCUCUAAGGGUGGUUGUCCAAGUUCUCUUCUUUGAGCAAGCUCGAGCUGCAGCAUCCGGUAGCAAAGUCACUAACAUGGCGAGCAACAUUAAGGCACUACUCACUGCUCAUGGCAUUGACCCUUCAAAACACACAGCUCCAUUGAGCACUACCACAAGUAUACAUGCUGAUGACAAUUGGAGUGUUUCUGGAUUCAAGUCACCAAAGUCAAUUACAAGGAAUUCAACUCUCAGGAUGAAGCUAGCUGAGGAUGAUGACUUGGAUGAAUCCAGUGAUGGAAUUGGGAGAAAUUCUAGAUUCAAGCCAAAACGAAUGCUUAGCAAGUUGUGGUCUACCAAUAGAAGCGCCACUACAAAGAUUUAAGUGAAUUUUUAAGAGUUUUAGUUGGGAAUGGUGAACUUAGAGGGUAGCAUAUACUACAUUUUACUCUUUUGCUAAAGGCCUUGUAAGUUACUAGGGAAAACCAAAGAACUUAAAUGUGCAGUGUUACCUUAUAAUAAUAAGAAAUGAGAUUUUCUCAACCUUUGAGGAAAUUUCUUUGGUAAA